CAGGAGCGCCAUGAAAAUUCUUUGUUGAAAACAGAAAUGGAAAAAAUUCGAGAGGAAAAUAAAGUUUUAAGGGAGAACUUUAAAAAGUCUUGCUGUCCUAACUGUGGAUUUGCUACCUCUGGCAAGGAUGCCACUGAAGAACAACAGCUAAGAAUUGAAAAUGCCAGACUCAAAGAAGAGGUCGAAAAACUUAGAACUGCUAUUGGUAAAUGCAAUCCGAGAGCAUCAGCAAACAGCUCAUGCUCGUCUGGAAAUGAACAAGGAAUUCGUAGCUCGUUAGAUUUUUACACUGGCAGUUUUGGGCUUGAGAUGUCACGGAUAAUGGAUGCUGUACAAAAGGCGAUGGACGAGCUCAAGAAGAUGGCUACUUCUGGCGAACCACUGUGGAUCCGCAGCUAUGAAACGGGCCGGGAAAUACUUAAUUAUGAUGCAUAUAUGAAAGAAUUCUCUACUCAAAAUUCCAGCAACAGGCAGCCUAAAACGUGUAUUGAGGCGUCAAGAGAAACUGGAAUUAUCUUUGUAGAACUCCCAAGGCUAAUACAGAGCUUUAUGGAUGUGAAUCAAUGGAAUGAAUUGUUUCCUUGCUUGAUCUCAAAGGCAGCUACAGUGUAUGUUAUCAGCAACGGUGAAGGUGUUAAAAGAGAUGGCGCAGUUCAGUUGAUGUUUGCAGAAUUGCAAAUGCUGACUCCAUUGGUGGCUACCAGAGAAGUGUAUUUUGUCAGAAGCUGCAAACAAUUAAGUGCUGAUCAGUGGGCGAUUGUCGACGUCUCCAUCGACAAAAUUGAAGAUAAUAUCGACGCGUCUCUGGAAAAAUGCAGGAAACGCCCGUCUGGUUGCAUCAUACAAGAUACAUCGAAUGGUCACUGUAAGGUUGUACUUGAGAGAUCAAAGUUUAGAAAUUUCUUUUCCGUUUGUUUCGGCAUCAUUUCUUAUGAUUAGAGCAUUGAUCUUCUCUCUAUUGGGGCACCUACUCCCUGUAAUAAAAUAUUAGGUCAAUCUACGGACGAGAAGAAAAUUGUAUGCUAGUAUAAGCAUUAUUCUAUGUGUAAAGAAUAAUGCAUUACAGAAUGGAAUUAGAAUAAUCACAUCAAGAUGGACCCCACGUGAGUAAAAUAUUACCAAAAAAAUAACCACCCACCCCCAUUGUGUGUAUUCCAUAAAACCCCUACACCAAGUGGAGUUCAUAGUAUAAUGAGGCUUCGUACAAUCCUAUAACAC